AGCUAGCCGCUGCAGCUUCCAGGACCCCCGGACGGCGGCCGCUGCGACGGGGACGAGCCCCGCGUCGAGGGCGCCGCGCAACGCACGCCUUCGACCGAGCGGCAAAACGGCGACGGGACCGCCGACAACGCGUCUCGCUUCUCUCUGGGGAGGAGGGGCCUGAAGAUAACCCUGCAACUGUACCACUGUAAAGUAUCGUCUGUGUGCUUUGGAAACACUAAUCUCAUGUAGAUCAACUAAAAAGUACAGGUGACAAGCAUAAACAACAUUUGGACAGGUGUUGUUCUGCUGUUAUGUCACUGAGAAACUUUACAUAGUAUUCUUACUGGUCCUCGGCUGUAGUGUUUUCCACCAAGGACUUUAAAUCCAUAUUUCAAUCAUGUACUUAUAACCAGGCAUGUUUGCCUCUUCCCAAAACAUAAUUUUUGGUAAUGUAUUAGUUUGCAACAAGAAAACACAUGAUUUACAAAGUGUAGUGCUUCCAGAAAAAAAGAGAAAAUAGAUAACUUGCUUUUAUUUUGCUUUGUCCAAACAAUCACUUGCUGAGCGGCGUGUCCUGCCUUGAUGCUUCAGGGGACACUGUUGUAAUGGCUCGUCAUCAGGGUGGACUUCAAGGUCACCCUUAAAAGAACUGGCAGUUCAAGCACAAUUGAAGUUGGCACCCGAACAUUUCAAACAUGGGUUGUGUCUGUUUUUUGUACUGAUGAGGUCAAACGUGAGCCGUCUGAGCACACGGACACUGCUUUUACUUAGCAAAUGAAGAAAAAAAAAGUCCCGCCCAUUUUCCUUUUGCUACUUUGUGCUUUAUGUUCUCAAGCAAGUAAGUAUUCUGCCUUUUGACUGGUUCUGUGACAUCUGAUGUUUGUGCUUAAUUAGCAGAGGCUUGUGUGAAGUGUUCUUAAAAAAGUGAUUCUUGGCAUCGUUUCACUGGAAGCAAUAAAGCCGUGUCCCGGAGGCCGGAGGGGUGAAGCUGGUUGUCACAGCAGAGGCCAAACGACCCUAUGGUGCAGUGCGAUCUUGGCAGUGGCCAGGCUCAACACAGGCGUUAUAGUAACCGGAGCGGCCAAUGUUUGUGUUACAUAACACACUGCCAGGACAGUGACAAUGAUAGUCACUGAGUGGGCUGAAAGAGGAGGAGACUAUCAAAUCACUGCGAGAUGGAGAAAUGUUCUGACCCACGGCUGGUGAUAAGUGGGAAACAGAGCCGACAUGUGUGGAGCAAGGUGCAGAAGGAAGCAGCUUUGGCCGAACAGUCCGUGAGUGAUGCAAAUAUACAGUUGGAAAGAAAUAAAGAGAGGUGGAGAUGCAUUCAGUGGGAAGGGAGAUGAAUAUGAAGGUGAAACCCUGAAUCGACAGCAGAGGCGAUGAUGAAAUUUAGGGAUUCGGGAUGUUGUGUGUAAUAAAACAAGGAACACGUGGAAACAACAUUCAGUGAUGUUGCGUAACAAAGGGGUCGACGUGCUCCACGCCACCUUGUAAUCCCAGUAAGAGUCGGGGAUCAUGAAUACAGCUUGUUGGCCAAUUCUGAUCGUUCCAGCAUACCUGUUGAUUAAACGAGGAAUCCUACACUGUGGGGGGAAUUCACUGACUCAGACUGGCUGACAGGGUGAGAAAGAGAAGGAGGCAUGGAAAGACAAGGGGGGAGGAGAGGGCGGCGGGUAUUUGGCUGCGAAGUGAGUGACAGCUGAGGAGAGGGGAGGGAGGAGAGAUGGGUUAAUGUGGCCUGGCCGACUGACAGAUUGGACGGUGGGAUGUUAACGUGGUAGCGGAGGAGAGAGAGGCACAGGCGGAGGGGAGAGGGGGGGUUCAGAGGUUUGAAAUACCUCGUAACUGGUUCACGCGUAUUCGCCAACAUAACAGGCAGGAGGGAGAGUUGGCACAAGAGUAGGAAAAGAGAGGGAGAGCGUUCAGUGUGGCCGCGUCUCCUGGGAGGAAGCACAUAGUCGGUGUCCAGGUCUCCAGCACACAUCCAGAAGCAGCCUCUAUAUAGCCGCCGUGCCGCUGCAACGGAACCGAGGAGGUCCAGUCGUCUGCCGGGCUCAGAACCACGCUGCACUGACAGCAGCUCGUCAGGACUUCAGGGCCGGAACCAUUGGAGACGACGUGAGGGGAGAGCAGCCGGCACACGAUGACAACCGCAGCCCAGGAGCUGGAUGAGUUGGCGUACCUGUCGGCCCAGUCCAUGCCCAGCCUGAAGGUGUCCGAGCACUUCAAGAUGGUGAAGCUGCUGGGAGAGGGAUCCUAUGGGAAAGUCAUGCUGGCCGUGCACAGAAAGCGAGGAACUCCUAUGGCUCUAAAGUUCUUCCCCCGCCGGUCCACCUCGCUCACCUCCUUCCUGCGUGAAUACAGCCUGUCCCUGUCCUACUGCACCCACCCCUCUCUCACCCGGGCUCUCGGCAUCUUCUUCUCCACGCCCACCUACUACGUGUUCGCCCAGCAGGCCGGCCUGUACGGUGACCUCUACAGCGUGAUAGUGUCAGAGGUCGGCGUGGAUGAGGAACGCGUCCAGAGGGUGAUGUCGCAGCUCAGCGGCGCCGUCACGCACCUCCACUCCCUGGGCUUCGUCCACCGCGACAUCAAACCCGAGAACGUCUUCCUGUGCGACGGCGCCUGUCGCUGGGUCAAACUGGGCGACUUCGGCCUGGCCCGCGCCGCCGGCGCCACCGUCCGGGCCGUGUGGUACGAGUCGCCCUUCUGCACGCCCGAGGUGGAGCCCGCAAAGGAGGCGGAGAGGAUGCAGCGCGAGGGGACGGAGGAGGAGCUGGAGGAGCUCUGGAUCACGGUGGAGGCCUGCAUUGACAGCUGGGCUCUGGGCGUCCUCGUCUACUGCCUCCUGACCGGCUGCUUCCCCUGGGAGGAGAGCACGCACGACGACCCGGGCUACCGCAAAUACAAGCAGUGGUUCGAUGGCGAGGCCGAGAGGGAGCAGGAAAGCAGCGCGGGCGGGCGGCGGCCGGAGGAGGACGGGGACAUUUACGCCAUCAUGCGGGAAAAGCACAGAGACAAUCCUCCCCCCUCCCAGUUUGAGGGCCUCAGCCCGCUGGUGAUGACUCUGCUGAAAGAGCUGCUGCACCCCGACCCCAAGCACAGAGGCAGGCCAGAGGAGGUCCUCAGCUACCUGGGAGGGCCGUGGCUGCUGGAAACGGAGAGGGAGGCGCAGAGGAAGGCCGAGGAGGCCGAGAAGGAGGCCAGGAAAAUAAGAGAGGGGGGAGGAGUGGAGGAAAAGCUGGUGAGGGAGGGAAGAGGGGAGCGAUAAGCUUAUUUUAGAAUCCAUUAAAGGCGUGUUUUUAAUGACUGUGAUGUUUAUAUUCAAAUGUACAGACUCUAACAAGCUUAUACAGAUGUAUUCAUAUUUUUAUACAUAUUAUUACUAAGCACAGUUUUUAAUGAGUCUUCUGCACAUAAAUAAGAGUGGGAUUUGUUUGUAUUAUAUUGAUUGUAAAAUGUAUAUUACAAUUGUGAUAAAGUUGUGUUUUGUUUAUAUAAACUUGUUAAAACAUUGAAA